AUGAGACGUCAUGAUGAUAGGUACAGGGCCUCGACUCAUGGCAGAUCGCGACACUCUUCAGGUCCCUAUGACCAGAGAGGUGAACAACACUGGAGGAUAAAAGCGAUAGAUAAACCUACUCAAGAUGGUGAUCAUAGUUCGUCUGUGACUCCAUCUGCGACCAAACAUCAGAAUCACGUCUCACGAAGGAGUAAUAUCAAAAGUGGAGUUGCUGAUAAAGUCUCAGGACCUGAAUCCCACGUCUCCCGAACCAAUGAUGAUGAUGUUUUGCGCGAGAGUACUCAUACUGGUACUGCGCCUGACCCUAAACAUUUGGCGAGCAAGAUUGUCACGCCAUCAGCAGACGAUGCAAUAUGGAAGAGUUAUGUAACAACCAGAGAUAAGGGGGUUGCUAUAUCAUUAUGUUUCUCACAUGAGGAUGGCCAGGAUGUAGAUGGGGAGGAUCAGAUGAUUGGAGCUCUUAAUGAUAUGGACAAUAUGGAUAAUCAUGGCGAGGAUGUGCUUAAUGACGAUGAUCUUUUAGGGCAGGAAGCACAUAUGUUCGCAGCAGACGACAUGGCGGAGGAUCUAAUGUCCCUUUGGGCAUUCAGUCUAAGAAGUUUGAGUUCCUCCGUAGGGGUUCUCCAAGUAAACGAUCAAAGUCCAGCUCCAGGGAUGAUGGAGGUUCUAGACAGCACUCUAGGCAAGGGCCACUAA